AUGCAGAGUGCCAGCACACUGAUGACGCUGUUCGUAGUGGCGUUUAGUGGCAGUGUGGUAAGUGCCAAAGUGUCGGUGCCACCACCCGAUGGCAUCUUGUCUAGAUAUCCUGGUCAAGACGACUACGUCAGUCCGUGGUCUGCGGUUGUGGCGGUGGCCGGGGGGUCUGCAGACCUGCCCUGCGACCUGCGGUCUCCACAACCUGAAGACCGGGCGCUGCUGGUGCUGUGGUACCGCAGCGGUGUGGUCAAGCCCGUGUACAGUUACGACGUACGCAGCGGAGUUGCGUCGCACUGGAAGAACACUCAGGCUGUAGGGGCGCGGGCUACGUUCAAUGCUGACCGUUCAACUCUGAGUCUACAACGCGUGUCUCCUAAGGACGCUGCAACCUACACAUGCAGGAUAGACUUCCGCUCGAACCCCACACUUACCUACACCGUCAACCUUACAGUUAUAGUGCCCCCCCGGCGCCUGACUAUCACAGCAGCCGAUGGCAGCGAAGUUAGCUCCAUUGUAGGCCCCUUGCAAGAGGGCGCUGCCCUUCGUAUAAAAUGCACCGCUGAGGGCGGCACACCAUCACCAUCAGUGUCAUGGUGGAAUGGUGACACGCAGCUGGACGGAUCACCAACCCACAACCAACAACUGAUCACUACCACGGUUGUGGUAGAGCCAAGAACUGUUGCCAACACGUUGCUGUUAGAACCUCUGACGAGGGAAGACUUACACCGGACCCUCACAUGUAGGGCUACCAACACUGCCCUCACCACGCCCCUCAGUUCUGCCGUCACCGUCGACAUGACAUCAUUAUAUAGACCCCCUGUCAAGCUGUCAUGGUCGCUCGACGACGUGCCUUUAACGUCCUACACGUCCACGCUAAAGAGCGUAUCGGUGCUUGCUAACGUGACGACGAGCGUCCUGACGUGGACGCCGGCGGUGGGCGACGGCGGCAAGACGCUCAAGUGCGUGGGCGACACCGCCCAGGGCGCCGCCCCCCACCUCCAGGGCGCCGCCCCCCACCUCUUCGAUGCUUGGACCCUCGUGGUUAACUAUAUCCCGAGGGCCGUGCUCAGUCCGGGCCGGUCUUUGGACCUGACCGAGAUCGAGGAAGGAGACGACGUGUACUUCGAGUGCACAGUUGACUCCAGUCCUGCUGUGUACAAGAUCGUCUGGCUGCACCAGCCACCAGACUUGGUCUCUGCACAAGUAAUCAACCGUNCGCUAAGUGUCAAGUGUGAGUGGCAAGUGUACACCUGUACGGCCUCCAACAUAGAGGGGGACGGUGUCUCGAACACUGUCACGCUAAGUGUCAAGUACGCGCCGGUAUGUCGCAGCGACCAGCCCAUGUACCACGGCGCUGCACGACAUGAACAAGUCAACAUUCCUUGUCAUCUCGAGUCUCAUCCUCUGCCUCACACCUUCACUUGGACCUUCAACAACAGCGGCGAGAGCGUCAAGAUUCCGCAGGACCACGUGACAGUGUCAGGCGCUCACUCGACUGUCAGCUACACGCCCAUGACGGAGCUGGACUACGGGACGCUGCUGUGCUGGGGCAGCAACGCUGUGGGCAAGCAGAGGAAGCCUUGUGUCUACCACGUCUUCCCUGCCGGCCUGACCCAGUGAGCAACUGCUCGCAGUUCAACCUGUCCGCUACGAGUGUAAGUGUCCACUGCACCGCGGGCUUUGAUGGCGGCCUCCCUCAGACCUUCCUCAUGGAGCUUUAUGAUGGAGCCACUGGCCAUUUGGUGGCCAACAUCAGCAGAGGGGUGCCGACGAUGUCAGCCUCAGAUCUGGUGCCGGGGUCGACGUUCGCAGGAGUGAUAUACUCCGUGAACGCCAAGGGCAGAGGAGAGCUGUUGUCCAUAAACGCAGUCACCAUACAGGACAAGGCGGAGAAGAGAACAGCGGCCAUCAAGCCCCCGCCGCCCCCUGGCGUGACGCUGCCGCUGCUGCGAGGCUCCACGGCCGCCAUCGUCGCAGGGGCGACCACGGGCUUCCUGCUCAUGGUCAUCACCGUCGUCAUCGUCAUGAAGCUCAUCGUCGCUGGCAGGACAGCAAGGAACAGGGACAAGAAGACGCAUCAUGGUGAGUGUGAUGUGCUGUAUGGUGAGUGUGAUGUGCUGUAUGGUGAGUGUGCCACGGGCUUCCUGCUCAUGGUCAUCACCGUCGUCAUCGUAUGA